AGUCCUGGUUCGAGUACGAUCAGCUGGGAGGUUUUCGAUCCAGUUUUGCACUUAUAUAAUCAAUUAUUUUGUAGUACUCAAACUUCAAAAAUGAGAAUCUUUAUUUUGGGAUCCGUUCUGCUGCUCUCCUCGGUCUGCACCGGUUCGCUUCUGAGUCAUGACGUGUCCUCCCAAUUUCACGCUCAUGAUGGCGCCGGUGGCUAUUCCUACGGUUAUUCCGACCCAAACUCACAGAAGAUGGAAGCGAAGGACGCUCACGGAGUGACACAUGGCGAAUAUUCUUAUAUCGAUGCCAACGGACUCGUGCAGACGGUGAAAUACAUCGCCGAUCCGAAGCACGGUUUCCAAGUAGUUGGCACUAACCUUCCCCAGGACCCUGCUCCAUCUCACGCACUGCACAAGCGUUCGAUUUACACCACCCCACUAAGCUACUACGGUCCCGAAUCGAAGUCUUGGAGUGGUCCACUGCACAUUCCCGUGAUCGAGAAGGGCGUCCCAGUGGAAACCCCGGAAGUGAAACAUGCUAAGGCCGCUCACGCUGCUGCCCAUGCAAAGGUCGCCCAACAUGAUGAGGUCUAUGUGCCAAUUCAUGAUGAUCAUCAAGCCAAGAGCGUCGGUGCCUGGUACGGUCCACAACACGUGCCAGUGAUCAAGAAUGGAGUUCCAGUCGAGACACCGGAGGUUCAACACGCUAAGGCCGCUAUCUUGAACGCCUUGGCCGCGGCCAGCGUUCAAUCGAGAACCUACGAGCAGGAGGAUGAUGGAUCUUACAAGCCUCAUCUUUAUGAUCACCAAUAUUAGAGUAUCAUGAAUUUGUGUUUCUGAGUGCAAAAAGUGGAUGCAGCUGUCAUUCGGAAAGAAGAGUUUUCCCACCAACACUAACUUAAACAAUUUGGGAGAUUUUCUUCUGUGAAUAGUUAACGAAGACCACCUGAAAAGCGAGGGAACAACUUAGAUAUCAAUUGGAGGGAUUAGCUUCGCAUUCUAAGUAGUAUUUGUUUUAUAGGAAA